AUGAUUAAAGUGGAAAGUGAUGUGACUCCAAAUUUUUAACCAUAAAGAGAUAUUUUAAAGUAAAUGGAAGAGACAAUGAUGGUAUUAUAGAGACCUAAACUUCUUCAUGCUCCUCUAAUUUAAUAAGAAGAGUUUUCAUAAUAAUCAAUGCUUCUAAAAGAAAUUGAUUUUUUUUGUUAAAGGCUUACAACUGUAAAAAAAACAAAACCUAAAGUUGAAGAUGUAUCUACAAAAUAAUUUACAUGUUCAACACCAGAAAUUUAAAAGUUAUAAAUGUUAAUUGAACCAGAUGAAAUGGAUGAAUAAUAACAUUAAGUUAAAUUUGCUGAUGAGUAAUAGUAAGAUUUAGAAAAAAUUAGAACAAUACCAACUGAAUAAGGAUAUUAAAAAAGGACAGGUAUUGUAAGGCAAUAACAACCAAAAUUAAUAAUAAAAAAAUUAGAAUUUGAAUUAGAAAAUUAACCUUCUUGGAUACCUGUUAAAAUUGAAAAAAAAUUAGAAUAAGAAUUGAAAAUAAACUUAAAUCUAUGUAUAUUUUGGCCUGAAGAGGAAUUAGCCAAUUUAAGAACUUAAAAUAUCAAUAUUUUAUCUAUAAUUGAGAAUAUGAAGAAUAUAAAUUAUUUCAAUCAGUCAAUAAAAUAAUAGAAUAAUAAUAAUUGUCAAGAUUUCACAAUUCUUAGCAUUCAACUCUUAUAAUAAUUAAAAAUAUUCAGUAUAAUAUUAUGCUUGAAUUAUAUUCAUCCUAUUAGAGAAUUAUGUAUAAGGGCAAAUGAAAUAAAAAGAGAAUUAUUAAGUGAAGCCUUAUAUGAAAGAAAGAAGAAUAUGUUACUAUUAGAAUAAAAACGAAUAACAAAAAAAUUGUUUUUAAGAUAUAUGUUUUUGAGAGUUAAAUACAAAAGUGCAAUUUAAAAGAUACUGAAUGAUACAAUUUAAAUAAGAUAAAUGAUAAAUAAAAAAAAAUGUUUUUAAAAGCUAUAUUUAUACUCUUAAAGAAAUAAAUCAAAAAAUGAAUUCUAUGAAUUAGUUUGUGAUCAUAUGAGAGUGCAAACAUUGAAUAGAAUUUUUUAAAAUUGGAGAAUAUUUCAAUAAUUUUUAGUUCGAUAAAGAAUAACAGCAAAAUCUAUAAAAAAUAUUAUCUUAAGAUAAUCACUGCACUCAUGGUAAUAAAAUACUUAAUAAAUUAUUUAAUAAGAGAAGAGAAAACUAUAAAUAGAGAAAGAAUAAAGAGAAAAAGCUUAAAUUGUUGAAAAUCAAAAAGAGAAUGAUGAGGAUGUAGAUGAUAAUCAAGUAUUAUCUUAAUUUUUAACAGAUGAAAAACCAAGAGAUAUGUAUGAAGGACCUUAUUGUUUAAAUGAUAUAUAUACUAUUGAUGAAAGAGAAGUUUAAGCAAGGAAAAUUAAGGUUAUCAUUUUUGAACUUAAAGAAGAUUUAAAAUUAUGUCCCAAUUUAAUGUAAAAAGUAUUUAUCAAAUGGAAAAUAGCAUUUCUUCAAAGACAUAGAUAAAAAGAAUUUAUUUAAAUUAUGUAAUUAAGAAAAAUGUAGAAAGUUUUUAAAUUUUGGAAAAAUGAUAAAGAAUAUCAUCCAUUUUAUCAGUUUUUAUUAAAAAGGAAAGGUCUUGAAGGUUUCAGAUAUAAUUAAUUAACUAAUAAAUAAUAAAAAUUACAAGAUUAAUUAAAGAUAAUUACAUUAAAAUAAUAAAGAUAAUAAAUAGAAGAUAUGGCUAUUGAAAUAUAUAAUAAAAAUGUUUAAAAAAAAGCAUUUUAUGCUUGGAAAUAUCAAUUAAAAAAUGAAAAUUUACAUAUAUUAUGGUAGUCACUUUCAGAUUAAAAGUUAAAAUAAGAUUUUUAAAUAGUCUAACUUAAAUAUGAUAUUAUUUAAAAGAAAAGAAAAAUUAAAUAUUUCAAGAAGUGGGUUUUGAAUUUUAUAAAAAGUCGUAGAUCUAUAAAAAAUUUAUAAUAAUGUGAAGUGACUGCAAAAGAAAAAGCAAUAGAAAGUUUAAUAAGGAUUGCUUUUGAAACAUCUAUGAAAACAUAAUUUAAAUGGUUAGAAUAUUAUAAGGAUAAUUGA